CACAGACAUUCUCCUGAACGCGCGGCUUUACCUCCUUUACUUCCACAGACAUGACUACCCUGCCCAAUGUCGCUGCAAUUCCAGAUCUCAGCACCGAUGAUAUCAGAGAAAGGAUCCUUGGAUACCUAUCUGGACAAGGUCUCGGACAACUGUCACACGAGUAAGGUCCUUUCUGAAUCUCAGGUUAAAUUUCACCGCGUCGUUCUGUAUCAACAUCGUGUUUUGACUAGGGAGAUGGACAAAAUUAUCAGCAAAUUUCCCAGACUUGAUGAGAAACAAAUCAUCGCUCUGGGUCAUGAAGACUCGGUCUGCCCAAUAUGUUUUCUACCUCUUACGACUUUACUGGCAGAAGAAAAAACGGGGCUUGCGAUGGAUUCGCCCGCUUACCCAAUAGAGGAACUAGGGAUCACCAAACUCGCAGAACCAUUCCAAUGCAAUCAUAUAUUUUGUCGAAGGGAUAUUUCACGCUGGGUCAAAGAAGGACAUGAUUCGUGUCCAACAUGCCGUCGACCGUUACUGGAACGAAUUGGGGAUGCGGAUGCUUCAGCUAAUUCCACCUCCGCAUCUCCGGCGGAGAAUGCUUACGAUCCCUCCCAACUUGCAAAUAUAUUGCAACACCUCCAAGGAUUUGGGAUUGAUUCCUUUCCUGAGUUCCCUGAAUCCCAGUCGGAUGCAUCCGAUUUUUUUGCAUUCCUUUCACGUCCUGAUGCCCACCUUAGACGCACAUCGCAUAAUGACGACCGAGAUGAGUAUAGUGCGAUGUAUUCCUAAAUUUUGUCACACCAAGAAUAAUUACUUUACACAUCGACUGGUAUAACUAGCCUCCUGAAGAGAUGGCCUAUGAUAAAAUAGAUCUUGUGAAGCAAGCGUCUGCGGACAAAAAUGAGAAAGACUAAAGGACUGCUAUUUGUAUUUAUUUAGUAAGACGUGAAGAGUGAGGAAAUUGUAACGAAAGGAAUUAGGAAUAGUUGAAAAAUGCAAGUCCUACAAGAAUUAAAUGUCCAUCCGAAUCAUUCGUGCACAAGAUUGAGAAAUUUAGAACGAGAGUGGUAAACCACUUUAGUUCCUGCGACACCACCUGAACAAGUUCCUCCUGAAGAA